GACCAGAAGGACGCGGCCGCGCAGCAGUUCUUCAAUGACCUACACAAGGACAUGAAUCGCCUUGCAGCGUUCAUUCUGAAACACAGAGAAGCUCGUCCGGCGGUGGGCCGGGGCAGGAAAAGGCCAGCAUUUGAUUACUCUGCGUAUAUGAGCAUCGCCAAGAACGGCAAGAGAGAACUCAAGGGCGACGAGGGCGAGUACAUGAUCUACGAAGACUACAUGCGGUUUUUUUUCAUUCAGACGCUGGCUCCUCCUCGCACGCUUACACCGGCGCAAGCUGCUGAUAAGUGGCGUCGCGAGAUGAUGGACGGCACGCCCAAGCAAUCGAUCACUUACUUCAGCGGCGAGCUGAACAAGACGGCGACGGCCGACGGAAUACGGGCUGCUACGAAGCACUCGCACCAUUUCCACGACAUCAAAGAGCACGCCGAGGUGACCGAGGAGCGGAAGAACCACAGGUUCCUCUCCGACGUGGCUCGCCGCGAGCUAAGUGAGCAAAUGGUGCAGAGAGCGAAGGGCAUCACGUUCAAGAACCACGCGUUCACUGGCGUGGUGGACGACGCACCCCCCGCGGCCUCCAAGCCCGCCGCCCGCGGCGGGAAAGGAGGCGCUGGCAAGCUUACGCCAGAGCAGGCGGAGGCGAAGAAGUUCAAGACUCUGCCGCUCACAGUGUUGCGGACGGCCUCAUCAUAUAUGAAGGCGAAGGCUCUUGCCCAGCAGAUCGUCGAGAGCACGCGCAACGCUAUGAAGGAGUUCAUCGACAGACACCCGUUGAGCAACGACGCCGCCACCACAGACAUCGAUAACCCAUCUGCCGUGCCGAAGCGGUUCGAAUCCCACUACGCUAUCGUCGCUGGCUGCUUGACUAUCCUGGAGCUCAUCCUCGAGAACGUGCCGGAGGCGAAGCUCGACGAUCACCGCGCCACUCUCGUAUCGAAUAUCGGCAUGGACUCGGGCCUGAGAGCGAUGGAGUGUUUCUCAGGUGACGCCGGCAGCGUGAUCAUGGGCUUCAGCAGGUUGGAUGCGUGGUUCCCCUCGGUCAACACCGCGGCAAGCUACACUACCUACGCCAAGUACAAGGAGGUUGUCGAGGACAGGAUGAAGACGCUCAUGAUGAACGCACGGACCAUCGCGAGUUCGGGCAGGACUGUGUUGGCUCAGUUGAAGUCGCUGAUGAAGGCGCACGCUGUGGCAAUAAUGUCGAUCGAGAGUAAGAGGCAAAGUCUAGCUCAGCCGGUAGAUCCGACCAAGGGCGCGGGGAAAGGCAAGAAGCGGGGCGUGCAGGCCGCCGACGGUGUUGGCCCUGAAGUCCUGAAGUACAUGGGUGCAUCGGUCCAGAAGUUCCCAGAUCGCACAAAGGUGAACGUGUUGAAGAAUGCGAACGAUAUUGAUGCGCUUGAUAUCGGAGGCAUGAUCGUGAUCAGACUCGGCGCGGAGCACGUCAUAACAUGGUUGGCCAACGCCGAUCCUGACAACAAGGCAGCUGCGGAAGCGAUGUUCGACACGAAGUCGAAGGUGCCGCUCAAGCAGCUCUGCUACCCAGUGGCGAUGAGCCAGGGCAUCGAGUCGAAGCCGGGCCUCGCUUCUGCACUCGCGUCAAUCAGAAAACUUGCCAUAUCUGCGCCUACGCACCGUGAUGACUUCCAGAUCCCAGUGGCGGAGGUCGGUGGCAGGCUGGGGGCAGGCGAGCAGUGCGACGAUUUCACGCAGUUGUUCGAGAUACCCGCGCUAUUCAUCUUCGAGCAGGGCGGCUACCACGUUGGGCCGGAUUGUCAUGGAUUGGGCCACUGGAGGAUCCAGGCAAAAAGUAUGCGCCUUCUCGCUGGCGCGCGGAUGUCAGAGAUCGCUCAGAUCCAGAAAGACCCUACUGGCGAGUCGGUCGUUCACUGGUUGCAGACCCUAUCGCCGACGCAGCUCGGCGCUGCCGAGGCCCCAUCGUUGUUCAUCGUGGAGCUGGCGGCUGGCGACAUCGUGUACGCGCCGCCCGGGCACGUGCUCGCAGAGAAGAUCCUCGAGACGUCCAUUGGCUUGCGCAUCGCUGAUAACCGCAUGGUGCGCGACGCGCUGGUUGACUUCGACCUGCUGUGCAAAUCGUUCACUAACACUGCC